CUGCGCGGCGGCCAAACGCUCGGAGGAGGAGAUUCGAGAGAUAGACGCUCAUCGGCAAAUUCGUGGCUUGGAUCUUCUUGACGUGUGCCCAUACGCUGCGCAGCUGCGAUCGGCUGGCCGCACCAUCGAUCAGGGCAUUCCAUUCCUCCACGCGAAGGGUUCUUGAGCUAGGGCAGGGGCGAUGGCGCUCGAUUUCAGCGGUUUGGAACCAGCUUCUCUGCGCCAGCACUCCUACUCGGAUCCGGCAGCGCAUUGGGAGCCGCAGUGCUCCUUUCCUCUCCCGAAGGUCGCCGAUCUGGAUGGAUUCCAGAAAGCUGCCGUGGAUUUGCUGAAGCCAGCGCACGGAACCACGACGCUGGCGUUUGAGUUCCAGGGAGGGAUUAUCGUCGCUGCCGACUCUCGAGCUAGCAUGGGACAGUAUAUCUCAUCCCAGUCGGUGAAGAAAAUUCUGGAAAUCAACCCAUAUCUCCUGGGAACCAUGGCUGGGGGUGCGGCCGAUUGUCAGUUCUGGCAGAGAAAUCUUGGAACGCGGUGCCGGCUUCACGAGCUUGCGAACAAGAGGAGGAUUUCUGUUGCCGGUGCUUCCAAGCUCUUGGCAAACACCCUCUACUCCUACCGUGGCAUGGGUCUGUCCAUGGGAACCAUGAUCGCUGGCUGGGACGAAACGGGGCCCGCUCUCUUUUACGUUGAUAGCGAAGGUGGAAGAACGAAAGGAACUCUUUUCUCCGUUGGCUCUGGGUCUACUUACGCUUACGGCAUUCUCGAUAGCGGGUAUAAGUACGAGAUGAGCGUCGAGGAAGCCGUGGAGCUGGGAAGACGAGCGAUCUAUCACGCGACGUUUAGAGAUGGAGCCAGCGGAGGAGUUGCGAGCGUUUAUCACAUUGGUCCCCAAGGCUGGAAGAAGAUCUCCGGUGACGAUGUGAGUGAGCUACACUAUCAGUACUACCCCCCGGAAUCACAAGCGUCCGCCCCGGACGUUGUGGAAGAACAGCCAAUGCAACAAGGCUAGAUCGGGCAUAUUCCGUUCUUGAAUUUAUUUCAGUUGAAUAUUCAGUUACCUCUGCCGAACUUUUUAAGCAUA